CCGGCGUACAGAACAGAAAUGUUUCGAAAAUUCAACGGGCGAAUUCUUUAAGUGGUCAAAUAAUAAAUUUUUCAAAGACUCCAGACGUGCUGGUAUUAUUAUAUUCCUAAUUGAGUGCAUAAUAAAAAAAAUAGAUUUCGAAUUUCCGUACAAACAUUGCUGGGAUACAUCUAAUCAAAAUAUAUAUAAAUAGGCAUAUACGCAAUGAAUAAGCUACUGUAUUACCCAUAUUUUUGAACGCUUUUGUUUUUAUUUUGAAUCACUCUUAAUUUCCCUCUUAACGCGCGGCUAUUCAAUAUUGAGAUGGACAAUGUACAACAAACGAGACAAAUGCAGCUCCUACAAAUCCAAAAGGUGCAACAAAGGUGUGAGCAACAAUGGCAAAAACAUUGCCAUCAGCACCUGCACAUGGGCGUUUAAUCUUUUGGCGGUUGCCUUAUUAAUCCAACAUGUCGUCUGUGUCGCCGCCCAAGCCAGAGAGUAUGUUACCGUUACGGCAGCAACAGCAGCAGCAGCAGCACAAAUGCCGCCAAAAACGGCCGCUGACACCCCAACACUCUCAGUUACACCCACGGUGCUCUUGGCGAAACGUCAUGUUGAUGACAGUGAAAACAACCCACAAACAGGCAGCGGAUUCGGAAGUCGUUCCACGGUGCGCCAUCUCAUUGACGAUGAUGUAGAUUUCGUUGGCUAUAGAAAUGAUUUCAAUAUGCAAGCGGAGGCAGCUAUACCCGAGGAUAUUUUUGACCAACAACACAUACAAGAUGUCGACGAUAUUGAUGCGAACAGUAUGCAAUUCAUUGGAGAGGGCCACAUAGAUGAUGCUGCUGAACCAGAAGCUGAUAUUAUAUUUUCAGCGCGAAAAACCAGCUCUUCAGGGCGGAGAGAGAAAGGAGAGCAUCUCGAGGAGAGCAACAAAAAUGUUGACGGCAAAAGCAGCAGCAAUAACAAGCAAACCGAAUAUUUUAGAAGAAAUAUAAGAAGGCGAAAUGACAAAUUGAAAAACAAUGCGGACAAUGAUGACAACAACAACAGCAGCAACGACAACAACAACAUGCGUGCAGACACAAACUCUGAGAAUGACAAUAUAUCUGUCUACACUGAUCAACUGAGCGAACUGGACGUGCUGGACACCGUGACUGGGGAACCGUUGGCGUCGUCCGGCAAGAAUGAGAUGAAAACUUUUAUAUUGACGAGACAACCAAAAGAAAAACAAAAUCGCAAAUUAAUAGCAGAAUAUGAGAAAAGUGAUGAGGAGCAGGAUGGGAGCACGACUCGGCAGCAACAGCCAUUUAUUGAAAACUUAAUAGCGGAAAAAUUUAAUAAAGCAACGGGACAAAUAGUAAACAACAGAGGCAAAGUGAGCGACAACAUACACAACUACAAUAACAAAAAUAACAACAAUAACGCAAACAUUGUCGGUAUCGAUGAUGAUGAUGAUGAUGAUGAUGAUGAUGAUGAUGAUGAUGAUGAUGUUGAUACUGACAAGCAAAGCCGAGCCAUCAAAGGUGGCACAAUAAAUAAAGACAACAAUAUGAGUAAACAUGUAAACAACAAAUCAGAAAUGGAGUACACGGACCUUAAUCAAGAGCCGGAAAUGGCGAUCGGCGAUAUUGAGGACAACUUUUGGAAUGAAGAUGAAGAGAAAAUACAGGAACAACAUCAGAAGCAUCCAAUCAAACCAGCUACACUUAAUGCGGAGACUAGUGCUGGUGGUGGUGGGGACGAAAAGUCGCCGGAAUUUUUAGUGAAAAUGAAGGAUAAAGUAGAUCAACGGAAAAUGUUUAAAAUCAAACGAAAUGAAAGAGCCAGUAAUGGUAACGCUGACGAUGACAUGGGCAAAAGCAUCGCAGACUCAAACCGCCACCACGGGCGCGAGCUAGACGAAUAUAAUGCCAAGACAUUCGAACAAAUAGCAGUUGCAGAGAAAGUUGAGACGCCACAAAGUCUACACAACCAACAGCACGUCGCUAAAGUUUCUGACUUCAAUGAUGGCGGCACGAGUAUCGCUGAGGUAGAACCACAAUCCGAUCACUCAAUAACCUACUUUGGCAUCUUAACAAACAGCUCGAAGCAGCACGGAAAUACGUUUGAAGUAGAACCAGCCGAAGGAAAUGAGUUCGGAAGGGGAAAUUCGGCCAAAACAGCAGACAUUGUAGCGAAAAUUGCUGUCAGCGAUGGCACGGUUGAAGCUGACUCCGCAUAUCCAACACGAAAUCAACAACAACAGCAACAACAACGUCCGCUGAUGGCCGAAGCACCUCACACCGGUAAGCCACAUUCGACACACACUUCUGCUUUUGAGCGCUACAAAGCCCAACGACGCAACAAUCGACUUUACGGUCAUAAAAUACACAAGAAAAAAUAUAAGGAUUACCUGCGUCAUGCACCGUUGCCAUCGUUGACAGCUAAAGCGAUGACAACGGUAAACGAGUUAGUAACAACAACACAGCCAGACAUAUCGACGGCUUUGCCGGCUAUGGAAAAUGCAAUUUCGACGAGUGCUAAACACACAAUCGACUCCACACAAGCGAAAUUGGCAAAUAAGAGCUACGCCGAUUACGAUCUCAAUGAAGAACAACAACAACAACAACAACAACAGCCAGCUGCCAAUGUAGCUUACACCAAAGAGCACCAAAAAGCAGAAAAGCUAAAAAAAUAUGGAGAGAAUUUUCAUGGAUUACCUGCAUCACCAAUAUUUGCUGUAGGCAAUCGGAGUGUUUUUGCCAUCGAAGUGAAUAAUAAAAGUCAAAGCAGUGGCGGCCCAAAUCAUUUCUACGAAGGUCAAAUAAACUAUUACUUAGAGACGGCAAAUGAUGAGUCUCUAGGGGAUGCAACAGUGCUGGAUAACAACGACAAACCAACGGAUAUUGAACCCAAUAGUAGAGAGAGUACUGAAGCAAGGCUGUCAAGAGAUCAGGUAGAACGUUUGCGUUCACACGAACGUAGCAUGGAACGUAUGAUAGCUGCGGAUAAUAACAACUGGUUUCGGCGUGUAAGUCCCGUACUACGUAAUGGCGUUAAAGUCUUAAGCAGCGAAGGGAAGUUACAGCAUGAGGCAACCGCAAGCCAGCUACCGCAUGUACAUAAACAUCAAUAUCAUCAACACGAGCAGCGACAACAUACGCAACAGCGCACACAUCAUCACCGACGCCCACAAUUCGAUGCACACAACAAACAACACAACCAUCAGCACUCGCAAGCUUAUGCGCGCAAACAUUCUGAACAGCAACGCCAUGACACGAAGCCACACAGACUUCUCUACAACAGUCACCACAAACAUCGGCAACAUGGAAAACACUAUCAAUCAAACAGUACGCGCCACCUGCAGCAGUCGCACCAAGGCAAUGCUUAUAGACGCAGAGUUUUCACUAACGGACUUGAUCCUCCAUCACCGCAUGCUGCAGAUACAGAGGCUGCCAUACAGUCGGGCUUGGUGCAGACACCCAUCCCGCCGCCUUCUUAUCAACAGCAAAAUGGAGGUGGUUCGACGGACCUCGGUGCGUAUCAAUUGGGUCAUCAAAUUACUGAUCUUGAGGAAUUCGAGCGUUACUAUGCCAAGUGGCCGCACCUGACGCAAGUACAGUUUCAGGUAUAUGGCGAGCAUUACCGUGAAGCCCAUCCUGAGCUCUUUCCUGACGAUGAUGACGUAGAUGAAGAAUACGAUGAUGAUUAUGAGAGCGCUGCCGAACUAGAGGAGGCGCAAAAUGGCCACGAUGAAGAUGCAAACUUGCCGCCAUAUAUAAAGAAAUACAAUCGACGGAAUAAGCAAUUGUUGAAUUUGCUUGAAGGCACAUUGCCCCCACCGACACGACCGUUACCUACCGCUUGGUCGAGUUCCAUAUUGCAGCCGGGGCCACAUGCGAGCAGUCGAACCGGUGACAGUACUGUGGGUGGCAUACGCAUCGAUGACGAUUACCUUAAAGAGAAACGCAAGCGCUACCACAGCAAGAGUGGAAGUACCAGUAUGGGUGAUGACAAUAAUCGUAACGAAUACCGACAUCAUUAUCAAGAUAUAUUUUCACAACAAAAGCAGGCAUCCUUGACUAAUGCCCAGACAUCUGGCAACAUCACAGUCAAAGCAAGGACCACUAUGCAGAACGAAGGCGAUAAAUCUGAUGGGAUCAGCAAAAUCAAAACGACAGCGGAAUCAAACAACCAAUUACCAGGCGAGGAUAUCAGUAUAUCAACCGACUCCGACACGGAGACUUACGCUGUCGAUGAUAAUGAUGAUGAUGAUGACAUUGACAUUUGGCGAAAGGAAAUCGAAAAUAAAGCGAAUUCGAACGAAUUGACAGGAAACGCACAAAUGAGAUGGCAAAUCGAAAAAUUAACAACACCCAAACCGCUUGCACACCAUCACCACACCACUGCAGCGCCGAACAAUCCAAAAGCAGUCAUUUUUCGUUUACCCUCAUAUCCGGCCAUCGCUGGCAAUUUCAUAGGCAAGCCGCGCAGUCGUAGCGCGCAAUUCGCGCCAAGUGGCGGUAGCCGGGGCAAGCUCGCUUUCGUAGCACCGGCGGGCAGUGACAUUCACAGCAAUCGUUGGAGCAAUAUUUAUGGUUUAGGUGGUGGAAAUGUCGCCGCUAUCGAAGGUGGAGUUGGUAGUAAUGGUUUUCGUAAUUACCACAAGUCGUUGUCACGCUUCAGCGCUUACAAACCGAACGUGCAUAAAGCGCUAACGUCUGCAGCAACAGCAGCAGCAGGAGCAUCGCCCUUAACCGCGACGAGUACUACAGCUGCCAGUGGUGGUACUGAUGGUGACGGCCCAAUAGCCACAAUAGCUGAUGCGGUUACAGUAACACCGAGCAGCGUUAACAACGACGAUGAGGAUGAGCUUGAUGGUGGCGCAGCUAAUACUAGUCUGGGUCGUACCAUUAGUUCGUUUAUAUAUCACCGCGUAAUGGAUGCGUCGCCGCGUCUUGUUGGCGCUGGCGAUGUGGGACGCAAGCAACGCUUACCAUUUGUGGCCAUUACUGAUCGCCGAUUAGAGACCACAAAAAAAGCGACACUGGAACGACAAAAAGAUUUCGAACAGAAUCACUACCCGAUGCCUUAAAUUCACUGCACUUCAAUGACUGCUUCAAUGAACGAGACGUGGACAACUUGGACGAAAGAUAUCAAGCAUUUGCACGCAGACAAGAAUACAGACGUGUAUUGAAAUGUUGACACAAACGAUGGUGCAGAUGGAGACGUAGCAAAUAGUAAAAAACGUAUAUAAAAAAGUAGUAUUAAAAGUUUAAAACAAGUGAAGAGUAAAUAGUGUAAAGAGUAAAGAGUAAAGCUAAAACAGAGAAAAACCAACACAAAACUAAUGCACCGCCGCAGCGUAAGCGAGCAGAGCUAAGCAAAUGCAAAAGAACUUUGCACAACUUGGAAUGCUAAACAGAUUUAGCAGAGCAAAUCAAGACUUUUCAAGUUUUACUUAAUCGAUUUACCUUACCUUUUCGUCACUUUGUAUGUUUAUGAGUUGUUGUUGCACAUGAAAAUGAUGCAGCGAAAAGUCAAUGAUAGAAAUCUUAACAUUUGCAUAUCUCCGGGAGUUGUGUAUUUGCAAUACUUACAAACUAUUUAUUUAUAUAUACGAGUAUACUUUUAACCUCCCAUAGUAGUAAGUAUAUACAAUGAUAUGCUGUCGCCUGUGCAGUAAAAGCAGCAAACUCCACUUCGGCGGAGAUAAAUAUUUAUUCUGGAUUUUUCAAAGAUUUAAUUAUAUUUUUACUAUUCAGCACUUUAAGAAGGGUAUGUGAAUGCAAUAAGUAUAAAAAGUGCCACUUACUUUCACUUUUCCUCCAUAAAUUUUUCUUCGUUUUUAUUUUCACUUCGGACCCACUGCUGAUGAAGAUGUAGAUAUCAAUAAUACAAUUUAAUCACCUAUGAAUUGAGUUACUUCACAUAUUACCAGCACGCUCAGACCCAUAGGCCCAUUGUGGAGGCACUAUAAGGUGCCUGUCCUCAAUAGCAAUAUUUUUCCAGGACGUGAUGUCGCGUAAACUUUAGCUCCUCUGCGACCUAGUAUUUAUCGCAGUUGCAGGGUCAUCGAAAUAAUUAAUUGACAAUGUUUUGGGACACUGGGUUCGUGGUACCAACUGGUAUUUUUAACGCGGUGAUGUAAUUGUAUACUAUUUUAUUAAGGCAUGUUGAAUUUCUACUUCACCAAAUAAAAAAUUAAAUUAAAUAAAUAAAAUAAAGAUGAGCGAGAAUACCUUUAACCACUAGGCUAUGAUCAUGUUAAAGAGAGUAACAAAAUCUGCGCUCUUCAACAAAACUUUUUAGGAAAUUAAACUCAGCCAUGACGUAGUAACAAGAGCAACAACAAUCGAAUGACGGAGUGCUUGAACCUGCAAUCAUGAAUACGUAACGACUAAUGUCAUUUUGCGCACUUCAAUAGGUCAGAGCAGGAAAUGGAAUUCAGCCGCGGAGUGCCGAUAUAACAAGCACUAACGAUGGCGAAUAUUUGUAUUCCUACUGUUACAUAUAACGUGCUGGUAUGAUUUCAGCUUCACCUUACUAGUAUUUAACUAGAAUUUUUGCAUACUAGAUGGUUUUCCCCUGCAGGGAAGUUAUUGAUAGUCUAUUUCAACAAUUAAUACAACCGGCGUGGUACUUCAAUUUUUGUUCCUCUCGGUAGAUCAUCCUUCACCUCCUAUAUCCGAGCGCCUGGAUAACGGAAAUGACGCUUACUCGAGAGUCUGUUCAGAAUUAUAUAGAAAGACUUGGAUUCGUUUUGGAUUGGCUUGCGAACGUAGGUUUAAGCAACCCUUUAAUGGUUUCCGUAUCUGUUCCGCUAGGUAGAAGAUGCGUGGUCUGAUUAGUCCGUGUUUUUUCUAAGAUAUCUGUAAAGUUGACAGUGGCUCUAAUAUGAAGCAUUUAGAUUUCUUUUAUGGAUUCUUUAUGAAAGUUAAUAAAUGGAUAGUUUCUCUGGCUGAAUUAUUCCAAGGAUGAGCCGUGUUUAGUCUUAUUGACAUGCAAGUUACUUAAAGUUUGUCAUAGCAUGUAAUGAAGUUUUUCGGCUGAUUUAUGCUCAGUGUAUCCAGGGUUUGCCAAAAUAGAAACACGCUAUUUCCUAUGUUACAACAAAAUAUGUAUUUCUUCAAAAUUUAUUAAUGGGGUAAAAAGCACUCCGCUGAAUAUCCUUCCGCUGGCAUUCCUUUCGGUAAGAUGGCAUAACCCUAAUGUUACGGUUUGGCGGGCUUUUAUAAAGGGCGACUAUUAAGAAGAGUUUCUGAAGUUGGUCGAUCUCUUGUUCGGGGACAGUUGCGGACCGAUUGACUUUAUCUAAUUUGUAUAUUUAAAAUGAUUCUAUAGAGUUCCAGCCACUCAACGAUAAUGCCGAUGAUCGGUCUAACUCACACUGUAUGUAUCCAAUAAAGGAGACUUGCAGAGUAGGGGUUCAAGAAUUUUCCAGCGGUAAAUCAUAACUGUCGUAAGAUGCGACUAAAAUGCAAAAAUUAACGCGAUAGUCGGGUCUUUAUACUAAAACGACUGUCACCCCCGCAACAUACCCCAGAAACUACUUUGGCAAUGUUUUUAUACGGCAACAAAAACAAGAAUUUCGAUUUUGGUUGGUUUGAAAUUCAACCUACUGUGCUUACACUACUUUUAGCUACGCAUAGGAACUUAAAAGUGUCGAAGAUCUCUUAUAAUGCAAGCAGAUUUUUUUUGUUAUGCUGAGCGGGCAACGUCGUCGUGUAUUCUAGCCACCACAACUAUUGCCUCUCAGUCUCUGGAGCAGUGGAGGUAAAACUGUAAGUUCAAAAUUCGACAGAAUCUAGUGAGAUAUGAAUUUGUAAUGAAUUUUUUAGUUCUUUUACAUAGUUGGAUAUUAAUCACUAAUACUAUAUGUAUAUAUCUAAACAUUUUCAAUCCUUAGUAUUCUUGAAGAUAAUGUCCUUGAUGACUUCUUAAGUUUUAACUGAACUUCAAACUUUAAAUUUAAAUAUUCAAAAUUUUUUGUGUAGAAAUUAGACCUCCCUUAGCGCUCCAAGCACGCGGGUGUGGUGAUGUAUACGAUAUGAUAAGUACAUAUUUAUUUGCUAACAUAUUCAUCCAGAUGUAAAUACCUACAAACAUAUCUUUAUUAGCUGUAUACCAUAUCAUACAACCGAAAUACACACUCUAAUCAACACGAAACACAAACAUUUUGGUAUCAACCAGUUGAAAUAAGUUUUAUGUACAUAUACAUGAAGUAUAUUCGUCAAUAAAUACAAAAAGUUCAUUAAAAUACAAAAAUUACAGAGAAGUUCUUCAUUUGAAAUUGCAAAUGCAACUGAGGUACUUGACUUCUCUGAAAAUUCCUAUUCCAAUUUUGGUUUUUUCGCCACAAAAGCUCCAGUUUGUUUGCAGUUAAUAAUUUAGUUCCUUUAAAAGUUUGUUGAUCACUGAACGCUGAUCAAGCGCCUGCUGUGAUACAUAUGUUGGCUCUGUUAAGGAGAUUCCUUUCACUCUUCCAAAUGUUCAAACCACUUGGUGUGUUUUAUGAAAUUCAGCAGAUUAAUGACGUCUGCCGAUGCAAACUCAGCAAGGCAAUCGAAUAAGAAAUUGCCGAGAAAACAAUAACGGACCGCAGUGAGAGCUGGGCAGUGACAGAGGUAGAGUUUCACCAGUGUUGAGAAACAGCCCAGGCUUCUACCACGAGUCCGCAUCAGACAGUGCUCGCUUAUUACGUGGGUUUUUUGCUUACGGACGUACGGUUUAUAAGGAGAAGAGGUUUAGUUCGUUUUAUCUCAAUUAAUAACCUCAUUUGUGUUGCCAUAUUGAAAGAGGUUUCGUUCUACCAUCUACUGUAGGCCCUUCUGGUGAAUGCCAGACUUAGCAGAUUUUUUCCCGAGGACGGAUGUACGCCCACGUCAAGUAUACAGUUUACAGUGGUUAUGACUGUUACCUCUCUGGCUACUUCAUCGUCAACGCAAUUCCCUAGAAUGUCCCUAUGACCAAACCAUGGACGGACAUUUCGGAUACAGUCGAGAGUUUGCUUAAGAUAUCUCUGAAUUUUGCUGCCACCUUUUGAGGGGGUAUGAUUGCUUUGUAGAAUCUAAAUGACAGUUUAGAUAUCAGAAUAUAUUAUAAUAAGUUGUGUUAAGGUAUUAGUAGCAAGCAACUAUGAACCGGCUUCCAGUGCAGCAAUUAGUUCCGGAUGGAAUACGCUGCAGUGUAUGGGGGAUUGAGUUUAUUAUUUGGACGUGUCCUAUGCGGUUUCUCCAUAAUGGAGUUGCAUUCAGUUUUAUGUUUCUUCAUAACAUCGGCAUCAAAUACGUUUUGAAGUAAUUAGCGAACUUUAUUCCAUAGAACCAUUAUGAUCCAUGAGAAACGAAUACUUCAUUGGCACUUUUCGAAAAAUGUGAUUGAGUUAUCUGCUACCUCCCGAGGCCUCUAUGUUUCCGAAGCCAUGAAUUUAACUCCAGAAUUGUUUAAUGUAAAUGCAAACUUUCCCUUUAAGGGGUUCGAUAUAAGCAGCUUCGUUAAGACUUCCGCAAAUAGGUAUGUAUGUAUGUACACGUUUAUCUCUUCGACUCCUAUUCACAUUUGUGUACGCGUUAUUGACUUCGACGUAACGAUUAAGAGGAAGUUAAUUAAGAUGUGAAUUGCUCUUCUAUCGUUCUUACAUAAUAUAUAUGUAUGUAUGCGUGCAUACGCAUAAUGCACACACGCUUGAGUGCGCAUUUUCAUUCGAUAAAUUCGCUUAUUAAUAAUUAGUGAUAAAUAUUGAGUGCAAACAACAGACGCUCCACAAACGAUAUCUUAGAUAAUUAUUAAUAAACAAUAAACGCACAUAUUUGUAUUUAUAUGCCCUUGUCUUGCACUUAUCUACGAUAUCUAUAGACAGGCAUUGCUGACUACUGCAAUAUUUACUCCCCCAAAUAAAUUACUUCAGAAAUCGGUUGAUCCCUUAUUUUUUUAUUUUAUAACUAAAAAUGUUUAGAAGGUGGGGCAAUAAUUCAUAAGAUGAAUCUCCAGAGCAUCGCUACCGUUUAUUUUUACUCUCAUUUGACAGUGUGAUGAGUGUCAAAUAUUUAAUUGAGAUUUCCAAUUAUGCUAAAUGAAGCAAAAAAUAAUUUUAUGUUGCCGCAAUUAACCGAGAUCGACCGGUAAGUAAUUAAACAUCAACCCAUUAAGUUGGAAAGCCGACUCAACAAUUGGAUCUAAACGCAAGCUUUGACCUUAUUACAUCAAAAAUUCUUUAAAAAAAAGCCAUUCUCAAGCAUACAGGCCUCUUCCUACAGACCGAUAAACCUGUUUUUUCUUAUGCAGAAUUUAUUUAUUUACUGGAUC